UAAAUAGUUUUUCUCAGUGACAGCAGCUGCUGAUCAAUGUUUUUUGUUGGACGUUACCUACUCUGUAACCAUUAAUGUGUUUGGUUGUUUGUUCGGUGGAUUAUUCUUUUUCAAUUCUCGCAUUUUUAUCAAUUUGGUUCUGGUAACUUAUAGUAUCAUUUGGUUACAAUGGUGUUACUUCGCCCGUCUAGUUGUAUUAUCAAUUGCAUGUGAAUAGCUAAAACAUUUUUACGGUUACACUCAUCACGUCACAGGUUCUAGGGAAAUCUGUCAAGAUCACGCACAUUGACAAUAAAAAAAUAGCUAUGCCUUGAUUGAUAUCAUUUUAUCCCGCAUCUUCGGAGCUAAGAUAUCAAACAUGGAAACAGUAUCAACUCCAAUGCAAGAUGACAGCUCUGGAGCAAAUCCCAGCAGUGCAAGUGUUAAGAGUGAUGACAGCAGUCCACGGCAUGAAAGUGGCAGAGGCUCCCCGCCCCCCAACUGUGCCAUUUGUCUGGGCACUUGCAGAAAUAAAUCAUUCACAGAUUCCUGUCUUCAUCAAUUCUGCUUUAAAUGCCUUUUAACAUGGAGCAGGGUAAAGGCUGAGUGUCCACUUUGCAAACAAAACUUCAGGUCUAUUAUACACAAUGUACGUUCCAACCAUCAGUAUGAAGAGUACAUGGUGGAACAGCGUCAAACUGAAGAGGCGCUUGAAAGACUCGACUUUGAAAGUCUCACUGCAAGCACUCGAAGAUUUAGAUACAGGACGACGCUCACGCUGCCGCGGCGCGAGACGAUCGCGAUCCAGCAGCUGCUGCUGCAGCACUACCCCAUCAUGGCGGACGUGUUCCCGCCGCCCGCGCCCCGCACGCUGCCCGCGCGCCGCCGCCGCUCGCCCGCCGCCUUCCGCCGCACCGUCUACCGCCACAACCUCUGGGCGCGCCCGCUGCCCGACUUCACCGGCCGCUUCCGCGACUGCUCGCCCGAGUUCUACAGGUACAACGACUCGCAGAUGCACCGCUUGGUGCCGUGGCUCAACAGGGAACUCCACUAUCUCCUGAACGAAAACAUCGGCCAUAUAUCCUACGUGAUCGCACGGAUUCUGGAGCUCCUGCCCCAGUACCACGUCAACUCGACCGAGUUCAGGGAGGCCAUGCAGGUCUACUUCCGCGACCGGACCGAGCACUUCCUUCACGAACUCUACUGCUUCGCUUCGACUCCGUACGACAUGACCGGCUACGACCGCAACGUCCAGUACACGACGGACACCAGGAUAUCCACGAUGGUCAACGAGGUGAUAUCGAGCUCCGAGUCGGAGGCCAGCGUCGACUCGGACAUCGUGAUGGUGUCCAGCUCGGGGCCCGCCGACCCGCCGCCGGGCCCGUCCCGCCCGCCCGCGCCGGUGUACCCGCAGAACUACAUUCCCCAGCCCGCCGCCAACAACGUCAUCCCCAUCGAGACGAUAUCGCAGUCGGACACCGACGACGACGACGAGGUGAUGGUCGUCGGGUACAUCAAGCCGCCGCAGGACCGCACGCCCGAGGUCGUCGACCUGCUCGGCUCCGACAGCGACGUCAUCGUGCAGGACGCGCCCGCGGAGCCGCAGCCGCAGACGUCCGAGGCGCAGGAGGCGCGCCAGGCGCCGCUCGUCAAGCUCAUACUGAAGCGGCACGCCAUGGACGCGCCGCCGGACUCCGACAGCGACGACAGCAGCUACACGCCGCCGCCGCGCCGCCGCCGCCGCCCGCGCUCCGGCUCCGCCACCACCUCCGACACCUGCCGCAGCACGCCCGAGCCCGCCGCGCCGCCCGCGCCCGCGUCCGAGCCCGAACCCGCGUCGUCGCCGCGCGACAGCUCCAGCUCCAGCUCGAGCUCGUCGUACGCGUCGUGCGUGUCCUCCGCCUCCUCCUCGCCGUCCCUGUUCAUCGACACCGACACCCCCUCCUCGUCCAGCGAGGAGGACCGGAAGAGGAGGGCGCCGCGGAGUAAAAGAUUAAAACGGAAACGAGACGUCGAUCCCUCGAGCGCCGAGAGGAGGAGCAAGUCGCGCAAGUCGCGACCGCGCCGGGACCGGCAGGCGGCGAGGCCGGAGAAGGACAAGGCCGGGAAACGCAAACCCAACUCGGGGAAGGGAGCGAAGGCCGCGAGGAGGACCGAGCCGGCGCCGGCCCCCACGGAGGAGCCCGCCGCGCCGGAGCCCGGCCCGAGCGGCAGCGGCGCCGGCGGCCGCAAGCGGAGGGCGAGCGAGAGCAGGAAGCGCCGCCGGCCGAGCCGCGAGAGCAAAAGACUGAGGAGCGUUGUUAAUGUUAUGUAUAAUACUACAAAAAAGAACGGCGAGGCGAGCUCGAGCCCGAGCGGGGGCGCGCCGGGCAGCCCCGCGGCGCCGGGCGCCAGCCGCGUGGCGCGCGACUCCGACUCCGACGACGACCUGCCCCUCAACCUCACGGUCCAGAAGACCUAUCUGUCGCUGUGAGGCUCGUCAUGUGAUAGUAAUGUAUGAUUAUAUCAGAAAUGUGUCAAAGAUCAAUAAAUACGAAAACAGAUUGAAGGCCUCCGUAUGAUUGCCCGAUUUUAUUUUAUUAUUUAUAAACUUGUUUUAAGACUCGGAAGACGCGCCGAGCCGAUCCACCGAUGAUGAUCUCUUGACACGACUCUGCAUCACAAUAAAUGUUAUCGAGUUCGAUUCGAACGUUAGCUUUACUGUAAAAAGAUUUUAAUUGUAAUGACUACGGAUACGAGUUAUUCUAUAGUUGUGUAUAUUGUAUGUACUGUUUAUUAAAGUUAUUUUCUAGCUUAUAUCUUGUGAAUAUCAACCACAGUCUGCGCUUUGAGAAACUCGCCCGUUUUGUGCAGGUGUGCAGUGGCAACAUGCGACGUGGGUGUUUCGGUAAUCAUUACUUAAAUCACAAAAAUGAUCCUGUAUUAUGAACGCCAUUUGAUUUGCUAAACUGAACAAAAAAACAUUGGCAUUAUAAAAUUAAUCUACUUAAGUUGAAUCAAGAGAAUGCAAGCUUGAUUGAAGUGAUAUCUUUAUUGAAACAAGUGCAUACGAGUGUUACCAUGAAUGGCCUGUCGGAUUAUACAUUUUCAUAAUUUCCAUUGUUAUUUUGUUUUGAUAUACGGGUAUAAAGUUUUAUAUCGCUAGAAUUGAAAAUGAACAAUACAACAUGUGGAUUGAAAUUCAA